AAAAAAAGAAAAGUGAGCUGGUCCUCACUCUUCACAUCACUCCAGAUCCAGGCCAUCCCGGGGCGGAGCUGCACUGUAGAGGUCGUCGUUUGGACGCUUUGGAUACUCGCUUGCUGUAACCCCGUCGUGCCAUCUUGGAGGGUUGUUAUUUUUGUGUUUUUUUUGGAGUCUGAAGUUCAUCUUUGUGAUCGUUAACCAUGGGAGCAGAGAACUCAGUGCAGCGGGACGGGAAGAGCCAGGAGGAGGAUGCCUCAGCCUCAGCUUCUGCUUCCGCCGGGGAGCUGAGUGCGGAGGUGAAUACGCUCCAGGAGGGAAGCAGCGUCCUAGACAGCAAGCCUUUGGAGAAAAAUGGACUAAUCUCCAGCAUGACCAGUCUGAAUGGACACUCAGAGGACAACACGCUGGCAGAAGUUGGCCAGCCUGAUGGUGUGGCUCAGAAGGAGGAGACUCCUGAGUCGAUGGACACCAUCCAGGGUGAAGUGGCUCCCCAAGUGAACGGCGAGAAAGUGGAGAAAGAGUCUCCUGAUGCCAAUGACAUCUCAGCUGUUGAGGAAAAAGCAGCAGAGGAGAAACCCGAGGAUGCCAGUGAAGUGGGCUUCAAGAAGAUUUUCCGCUUUGUGGGCUUUAAGUUUACACUGAAGAAGGACAAAAGUGAGGAGAAAGAUCCUGUGAAGCUAUUGACAGUCAAAGAUAAAGAGGAAGGAGAGGAGGUUGGUGUGACUGAUGAACCUACAAAGGAGGAAGAGGCUGCCACUGCAGAGGAGAAGAGCUCGACUGAAGAAAAGGAGGCCGAUACAGAGGCAUCUACUGCUGAGGCAGACAAAGCUGAAACCACUGACGCCCCAGCUGAAGACACAGCCGCUGAAGCUACUGAUGAAGGAGUUGAGAAGGAAGGAGAGACCACCCUGUCUCCCUUCAGGAAGCUCUUCAGUGGAGGACUUUUCUCUAACCUGAGAAAAAAAGCCAGCAUCCGGAAGACAAAAGAGGAGGAAGACAAGGAGGCAGCUGUUGAGGAGGACACAGCUAAGACAGAAGACGCUGCUGCUGCUGCGGAAGAAAAGGAGGAGAAAGAUGACGUUGACCAAGAAACUAAGGAGGAGGCACCAACUACUCCAGAGGAAGUGAAAUCAGAGAGUACCCCAGAGUCAGAGGUCACUGAUGAAACCCCUGCUGCAGCUACUACUGAUGAGACCAAACCAGGAGAGGAAAAAGCAGAACCUAGUGCAGAAGAGGAGAAGGCUCCGGCAGAGGUGACUACUGAGGCUGAGCUGCUAUCAUCACAAGAGAAGGCCAAGCCCCAGGGAAGCCCCCUGAAGAAGCUUUUCACUGGAGCUGGCUUAAAGAAGCUCUCAACUAAGAAACAGAAGGCCAAGAAAGACAACGAGGCGAAGCUCACUGAGUCUGGGGAGCAGGCGGCUGAGCAGCUUCAGUCCUCCACUGAGUCGGCAGAGAAUCCAAAAGCUGACAGUGGGCCCUCAUCUCCCGAGGAGUCGGGAGAGCAUGUUAUUGCUGUGGAGGUGACCCAGAAUGAGUCGAGCCAGGAGACUGAUGGUGAAGUUGCUUCUGAUGGAGAGAAGAAAAAAGAGGGCAUCAUUGCCUGGUCCUCCUUCAAGAAACUAGUCACACCCAAGAAGCGUGUAAAAAGGUCUUCUGAGAGCGAAGAUGAAGCCACAGGUGAAAAACCAGCAAAGUCCGCCACCCUGUCCUCUUCUGAGAGUGCCCCGUUAGCAGAUAAGAGUGUUGAGGAGGAGGCCAAGGAGGAUAAGCCAACCGAGGAAGAACCAAAGACUGAAAACUCUGAGAAACUGGUCAGCAGCACAGAAGAGCCCAAAAAGAAAAUGGACACUUCUGUCUCCUGGGAGGCUCUAAUGUGUAUGGGUGGACCCAAAAAGAGGACUAGGAAGACCUCUGAUUCUGACGAUGAGGAGACCAAGGUUGAAGAGGAAUCGACAGCAGCUGCGUUAGAAGGGGAGCAGGUGGGCAAAACUGAGGCUGCCAUUGUCAGUUCCCAAAACACUGACAGCGAUGGAGAAGUUGUUUCCUCCCCUGAACCUUUAAGCCCCCCUCCCGAGAGAGAGUCCACCUGGGACACACUGAAACGCAUGGUUAUGCCAAAGAAUAAGGCCAAAGUUGAGGAAAAGCCUGAGGAGACUACAGAACAAGUCCAGUCAGACAGUGAGGCACCAAAAGAUGAGUCAUCAUUCUCUUUGAGGAAGCUCUUCCCCGGACGCAAAAAGAAGAAGGCUGAAAAACAAGCCUCCACUGAACAGGGUGAGGAGGACUCUGACACCCCAGCUGUGGUUCCUCUCUCAGAUUAUGAAGACCAGGUUAAAGCUGAACAGAAAGCCCCAGAAGAACCUGCUGAAGUCCAGAUCAAAGUAUCCACUGAAGAUAGAUCCCCUUCAUGGAUCCCAGCCCCUGUUGAAGACGGUGACGAUCAACAUGAUCAGCUGAGUGACAUUCCAGAGGAGGCGGAGAAUGCUGCCACACCAAAGUCUGUCGAAACUGACAUCGCCGAGGAUGAAGCUGAGGACAAGGAUAAUCUGUCUCUUGAAGUUCCCAAAUGCACAGGGCGCAGACUGUCCCUGGCCGAGGUAAAGCCUGUUGCUCAAGCUCCAUCUGCAGAAACUACUCCUGUUCUUCAGCGACCCGAGCCGGAGAGCGCACAGGAGGUUAUGGAGGGCAUACAGGCCGAAAUUAGUGAAAUUCCACCCCAGACAAAUGUGACUGUUGAAGAUGUACCAGUAGAAGUAGUUUCUGAUAAAACAGAGUAUGAACCACCAACUGAGAAUGCAGAGUCAAAGACACAUGCCAUCCUGGAGCCACAUGCUCGUGAUGAGGCCAUGGCUAUCUGCACUGGCCUUGGAACCAAGGAGAUUGCCAAAGUAGUUUUGGAGAAACCUGUGAUGCCCAUCGUAGAGUCUUUGGCCGUGAUCCGUGAUGUUGUAAUCACACAGACGUCAGUAGAAGAGAAGUCAGCAAUUACAGAGGAAGCCAUCAUUACGGAAACUGCCAUGUUCAACGCCGAAGUGCACCAAGUAGACACCACCGAGCUUGAGCCUGUUGUUGAAAGUUCACAGGGUGAAUUGACAGCCAUUCAAGCAGGCAGUGAGAGCCAUGAACCCGAGAUUGAGAUGGUUGGAAUUGUCAGCACUGUUCAGGAGGAGUCUGAAAUCAUUCAGCCUACCACCAUGAGCGAGAACUCUCCUAAGGACGUCAUGAGAGGUGAUCCCAUUACACCAACACUAGAAACAGCUGUUUGCACACAGAGCGUAGAAGUCACUGAGCCAUCUGUAGAAACCAAGGAAGUGAAAAUGGAUGUGGAGCAGCUUGCUGCCAUCGAACAAAAUACCGUAAAAGAGGUAGUUGAGUCUGUGACUGCAGAGAUAGUCUCCACCAUAGGUGAAAUCACAAAGACCACCAUCACAAAGGAGACUGAGCCAACCAUCCCUGGAGCUGUACCAAGUGAUGGGGUUGUUAUCUCCGAAACAGUGGUCCUUGUGGCGCCAGUCAGUGUGGCAGCAUCAGACAUGAUUGCCAUGGAAAGUACACCAGAGGCAGUCGGCGAUGAUUCAAUCCAGGUGCAGGAAACCAAGGAGGAGGGUGAAGUUGAAGAGACUGUGGAGGCCACGACCGCUCAAACAGCAGCAUCAGAGAUCAGUGCAGUCACUGAGCAGUCCAGCAAGGAUAUGGAGGAAAUCCAGGUGGACGUCCAGCAGACCAGUGAAAUUGAGGCUCAGAGCAUCGUCAUUGCCCAGGCUGUCAUUCAGGACGCUAUGGAUAAAGUUUCAGAAGACGCGUCUGAGUCGAAAAAGCUCACCACCCCUACACCAGUCCAGGCUGUAGCAACAAUAGAGGAAGAGAUUGAGAUCACCCCUGUUAUCUCUGACACCCCUGUUGCUGUUGUCUGCGAACAACAGGCAUCAAAGUCACCUCAGCUGCUCCAUGUUGCCAUGGAGGUCAUUGACCCAAUCCAAGUGGAGGUCACAGAGAGCCUUGAUGCCUCUGUAGAGGAGAAGAAAUCAGCGGAAGGAUUGCUGAAAGCUGUGGAGGUAAAAGUAAGUGAAGAAAUUGUAGUAGAGGAAGAAGUUGUAGAGAUAAAGGCAGAGAGUCAGACAGGUGAGGAGCUUGAAGAGGUAAAGGAGGAGCAGAGCAAAGAAGACGCAGAGGUUCAGGAACCAGAUGUAGAAGAAGCAGCUGAGGAAGUGGAACCACAAUCGGAGGGAUCAAAGUCAGAGGCCCCUUCAGAGCAGAACAAAGAGAAAGUGCUGGAGAUUCACAUGCCACUCCAAGUGGUCCUGCAGACAGCGCAGGUGUUUGAGGAGCCGUCAGUGGAAGAAGAGGCGGCGGAAGAGUUUGAUUGCAACGGUUCUGUGGCUGAAGACACCGACAUAAAUGCUAAGAGGGUUUCAACUGAAAGCAAACUCUCAACGCUGUCAGAAGAACCCCAAGCGACAGCAGAGGUUUCGGCUCCCAGCCAAGUCUCAGAGGCAGAGACACCAGAAACACCGUCGGGAAAGUGUGCAGAAGUGAUGGCGCAGGUGAUCGAGGUGAUCGAGGAGGCCGUGAAGGAGAUCGAGCCUGUGUCCACAGAGAUCACAGCAGCAUCAUGAGCAGAUACAAGACUGAUGCCUGGGAGACACACUCUACCAGGAAGUGAGUGAUGAGGGAGAGAGUGAGAGAAAGAGGCUGCUCUGUGGUAACACACUGAGACUGGGUUCCGCCCAGAAAGACGGAGUGACUGAGCAACAACAGCUCCACCUCCCCUUCCACCUGUACUCUAACCCCCAUCCUGCAGCCCUGUCACCACAAUGUGACGUCCCACCGCCAUAUCCUCAUCCACUCACUCCCUCUCAUACACACACACACACACACUUAAGCAUGUCAUGUGCCUCAGAAGCAUCCCAUCUGGCUUUUAAUCGGUGUGAUGUAUGUUCAGUGUCUCGGCCCUUUCCAUAGUCCUUUCUGCAUAUGCAUUGAGUCUGCUACCUGGUCAAGUGUGUAUCUGUUCUUAUGUGUGUGCACGUGUGUUUGUCCGUGUGUAGUAGGGAGAGUGAGAUGGGGUCAGAAGGUGAAGAGAUGGAGGACUAUUAUCUUGUAUAUUGUAUUUAUAUUUGAGUAUUCUUUCAUUCAUUUGUCUUUUUUUUUUGUUUUGUUUUUUUGUUAGGACAUUGUUGCCUUGAUGUUUUUAAAAUUCCCACAUUAAGCUGUGAUACGUCGGGUAUUCUUUUGAGCAACAUUAUGACAAUAGAUUUAACGGCUGAAGCAACAAAACAAAUGUGAGACUGUUGCAUAUACGUGGCCGGUGUAUCACAGCUUCUAAUAGUCAUAUCCAAUGAUUAUUUCAAGACUCUGUAGCAAUUGUAACUAAACCAUGGUACAAGUGUGAUUCCACUGACAGUUAGCGAUGACACUGACUGGAGAAAACCACAAGAGGGCAGAGAGAGUAUGAUGAUAUCCACCACAAAUGCUUUUGACACAUUCUCUUGCCACAAUGUGUUUUCACUCUGCACCCCAACAAAAUACUUAAUAAGCUUCAUGUACAGUAGAUAAGACAAAUAAUCACUGCCUGAUAAACUGUGAAAAAGACAUUGUUACACAUUGUUUCAUGAAAUAAUACAAUAAAUACAAUUAUAACACCCUCAUUUGAUCAUGCGGCAGAGGUAUUUGGUUAACAGUGACAUUUGAAGGAUACAUUAGCCAUUUUUAAACACUGGAGGAGUCAGACGGUAGAGACGUGCAUGUAAGAAACACUUACAAAGCCGAUCAUGUGUCACAGUGCUUUAAAGGCCAUGUUUCUGUGUUACUGUGUUACAUACUGUAUGUAUUAUUUGUGUCUGGCAAUUUUACAUUUAACACCUUCCUUACUACACUAUAUUUAUAUUUCUUGAUUUAAAAAAAAGACGGUAUGUUGAUGCCCUCUGUUGCCUACAAAAAGUAGUGCACCCUUUAGUCUUCAGUUGAUGGCGUCAUUUUGGCAUCAACUGGGUGAUCAAGUAUGAAAAUGUUCAAUGCAGUCGUAUGGUACCUGCUCCUAUGUCGUGUUCUUCACUCAGCAUGAUUGCUUAGGUUCAUCAAACUGGCACUGGGUGGGGAUUUAGAGAGGCACAGACACCGACCGCAUGGUGCCAGAAGUAAAGAUGAACUCUCAUUUUACAUUUAAUUUAAAAGCCAAAUCGAGUUAAAAUCAAUCCGGGAGUCAUGGUCUUUCCAUUGCUCACAGAAUAAGGCAUGGGUUGCAUCCAAUUUAAUUCCUAAGCAUUUACUCAGCUGCUUUGAGUCACACAUCAAACCUAAGUCACAAGGUCAGAGCUUAUUUUGCAAGUUCAUUGGCAAAGUGGCGGAUGUUUUCAUGUGGAGGAAUAUCUAAAAACAUUCCUGGGGUCCAGUUUUACCACCAAAGCAAACGUGACCACGGGCUACACUGGUAUCUGUUUAUGUCCUACCAAAUUUGGCAAACUUGCACUGUGUCAAUCAUUCAGAUAUCUUGAGAAGUAACUGUGAGUGUUUCUGUAAUAGAUCGAGCAGCUACGUUUCACUCAGCUUUAUGACCAAACAAGAGAAAGACCAGGAAGUACGGACCCCUGUUAGGUCACCACUUCCCUUUACGUUGACUCUAGAGAACGUGUCACAUCAAUUCAUGCUUUAUGUAAAAUAUAAAUGAUUAAAAAAAGACGGUGAGCUAAAGACUUUUGCUAUUGUUCAUGUAAAGCAUUUAGUUGGGGCACCCGCCCACUUCAGCCUGCUUUUUGUAACACUCUUAACUGUGAACCUGUUAACAUUUGUACAGAUUGUAUACCUACUGUAUGUACCUAAAAUCAUAUUGUUGUUAUAUUAACCAAUAACCUGCAGCCAUUUAGCAUAAUAUUCAUGUAGCAUGGUCUUAAUGAUCUUUUAUAUUUUGCAAGCUGUUAAUAGUAAGGAUAGAGAAACUUGUUUAUAUUUCAUUCAAUAAAGGUAUAGAAAAUUU